AGUCAUUCUGCUUCUCGACUCAGGAAUCCAAGUUCUCAUUCUACAAUUAAUAACUCAAAAAGAAUCCAUCAACCCAACCACACUUGUUAAACACUUUAAUUCAAUAGUAGAAAGCGAAAAAUUCUAUUCAAUUGCAGUGAAGAAAAAGAAUUUUGAAGGGAAAGAAAGAUGUGUUUUUUGUUUAUAUGCGGUGGAGAAGAGAAUAUACUAGGAAGACAACAAGCACCAGGAUUAUGUCCAUAUUGUGGUGGGAAAGUAGAAUCAAUAGAUGUUGAAGUCCAAUGGAGGUUCUGCUGGUUACCACUCUGUUUUAAAACUAAGAGAAGGUUCUUCUGUACGAAUUGUUCUAAACGCUUAGAAGUGUACCCUUCUUAGUUGAUUUUGAAGAUUUUCUGAAAAUGGGGUGUCGAUUAGUUGGUAGUUUAUUGGAGAAAUUCUGAUUCUGAUUUCUUUUUUGGUUUCGCCUUUAAAUUUUUUUCAUCAUGUUCUUGAAGAAAUUGAAGGGUUUAUUUAGCUUAGGUGUUUGAGUUGUUUUUGUAGUAAGAUCUGAAGGAACUGAAUGUAAAUACAAAUGCCAUU